AUGUACUCUCCUUCCUUGAUAGCAAGUCUGUGGUUCGAAGUAGCAUUUUUUCAAACAGGUGGAGAUCACUCUGGAAAGUGGUUCCCUUGCUCAAUUUUGAUGGUGAAUCCUUCAAUGAGCACAACUUCAAGGACCAUGUGGACGAACUUCUAA